AAAUAAAUAAGCUAUUUUAAACUAGGCCAAACACCACUUACCAAAGUCAGAACCCUUUUUACAAAGUGAAAAAUGGCGCCACGCUUCUUCCCUCUGUUACCUUCUUUUUACAAAUUAAUCUAUAAUUUUCACACUCCAAACUCAUACUCAUAUCUCAGGCUACCCAUAACCCGACCCGACUCCCUUUUCUCAAGAACCCAAUUAGCAAAUGGGUCACCCCUCUUCCCAUUUACACAAGUAUCUCGGUCGUAUGCUAGAGGGAAACAACCUCAUUAUGAUUUGUUUGGAAAGGGGAGGCCCGGAGACAAGAAGUUCCGAGAAGCAUGGGGAAAAGAAGUGGAUGAAGAUGAUUGUCUAUGGACAGGAAGUGAAAAUGAAAGUGAUACCGAAAACAGUAAAAGCCGUCUUGAUGACGAGAUUAAGAAACUGAAAAAAGAAGCAAAGGAUCACUCGGAUCUUAUUGAUGGUGAUGACAGUGAUGAGUUAAGAAGUGUAUGGUCCGGGAGUGAUGAAGAGAAGACUCUAUGGACCGGUAGUGAAGGUGAUGAUGACAACGAUAUUCCUACAGACCCGUAUCCUAAUGAAAAGAGUGAUCCUUAUAUUGAUAGAUUAUUCGAGUUUGAUGAAAAACCUAAGUAUCGAACGAUUUCUGAGCUAUUAAAAUCCGAGCAGGAACCAGAAGAAUUGUCACCAGGAAAACAAGCUAGAAAACUUGCAGUUGAGAAUGCUUUAAAGAAACUGAAGAAAGGGCCUGACGGGCGAUACACUAAUGUAUGGGAAGUCAUGAGUGAUUUGGAUAUUCUAGUAGGUGCUUUUGAAAAUAUUGUUUCUGGACCUGAAUAUGAAGAGCUCCGGAAAGAUGGGCCCAAGAAACUGAACAUGGAGUUUUUUAAGGAUAUACAAGCGCGUAUGAGGGAUCCAAAUUAUAAGUUCUCGCCUGAGUUGAAGCUAAAACCUAAGAGCAAAGUGGUACCACGAAAGAAAUGGCAAAAGGCACAGUCUAGAAGGAGGAAAGCACAGAAGCGUUAAGGUUCUGUUCUUUAUUCCUCCGUACAGUUGUAUAAGUCAACUUUAUUGGUAUUUUAUGAAGAGUUUCUGUUUAAUUU